AUGGGCAAGUUUUUCAAGGGGCUGGCCAGUGCUGGGGCGUGGGCCUGCUUUGACGAGUUCAACCGAAUCGACCUCGAGGUGCUGAGCGUGGUGGCGCAGCAGGUGUCGGAGAUCCAGGCAGCAGUGCGGGGCCGCCUCAAGACGUUUGUGUUUGAGGGCACCGAGCUGCGGCUGCGGCCCAGCUGCAACGUGUUCAUCACAAUGAACCCUGGGUAUGCCGGCCGCAGCGAGCUGCCUGACAAUCUGAAGGCUCUUUUCAGGACUGUUGCCAUGAUGGUGCCGGAUUACGCAAUGAUUGCGGAGAUCAUGCUUUACAGCUCUGGCUACAUGAAGGCAAGAGAGUGUGCCCGCAAGAUUGUCGCGACCUACCGGCUCUGUAGCGAGCAGCUGUCCAGCCAGGACCACUACGACUACGGCAUGCGCGCCGUCAUGGCCGUGCUGCGCGCCGCCGGCAACCUCAAGCGGCGCUUUCCGUCGGAAGAUGAGGCGGCGCUGAUGCUGCGGGCCAUUGUGGAUGUAAACCUGUGCAAGUUUUUGGCGCAUGAUGUCCCGCUGUUCAAUGGGAUCCUAUCGGACCUGUUUCCAGGUGGGGGCGGAUGA